AUGAGUAUUGGUGCUUGCGUCGGAAUUAAAGACGCAUUGGCCGCUAGCCGAUUAGCCAAUGGCAAUGCAGACAAUUAUCGAUUGAAUCAAUAUAUUGGAAAGAGCUUUUACGAUGAUGAAAACUUUCGUGCUGUAAUCGAAUGUCUUGACGAUGGGUAUAACAUUGCACAGGAUUUGAUUGAGUUAAUGCAAGAUUUUCGUGAUAACGAACGCGAACAAGCGCGCACUCUUACCUUACUAUCUGAAAAAUGGCUAACACGAUUGAAACAACAAUCAUCUCUGGCUUCUUAUCAUACGACUAAACGCGCUCAAUUCGAUGUUGUUCGUGUAACGAAAGAACUCGUUCGUGUUAGAGAAGCAACAUGCACUGAAAUCGAUAAAGUAAUCGAUAAAUAUCGUGCGCAUAUUGAUGAAACAUAUAUCAGUGAACGUCUUCGGCCCGGUCGUAAACAUCGUCGAUCGAAUGAGUUCAAGAAAUUAUUCAAAACAUCACACGCAUCACUACGCGAAGUCUCCGACGAAUUGGAAAAACUACGCGCACAAGAAAAGAAAGCUCACGACGCUGUACGUACAGCUGAACGUGCUUGUGAAAUCCUCGAGCUCGACCCAACAACAACUGAUAAACAUCUAGCGCGUGCUCAUGAAGAUCAAAGUAAAAAACACGCAGUGUUAAUCGAUAUCGAACGGAAAAUUCGCGAAACGAAAAAACAGCAGAAAACUGCACAAAAAGUUUAUCGACAUAAAGCGAUGGAAAUAUUUAAACAAUGUCAAUACGAAGAAGAAGAACGAUUAAAUCAAAUACGAGAAACUCUAUUGGAUUUCAUUCAAGCCAUGCAUACGCCAAAACAAACGAACGAUUUGAAUGAAAUCUUCAGCAAUUUAUCGAACAAAGUGACUACGCAACAGAAUUCAUUCGACGAUCUUCUCUUCUGGGCGAAAACAUACGGUAUCGAAAGCGAAUUGACGAAAUCGUUGCCAUUAACACCAGUCGAGAACGAUGAAGAUGAUGACGACGAAGAUCUCAUUGUCGAAUCUCGACUAGCAAAGAAAUCGUCUAGUCAUGAAAGUCACAAACAUGAGAAACAUCCAUCAACGAUAAGAAUAGAAAAUGGAAUCGACGAUGACGAACCAUCGAUAACAGUAUCUGCGAAAGCUCGACUGCGAAAAGCAAGACCUACGAAUACUCCAACGGAGAAGAAACAUCAUACAACAACAACAACUGAUCCAUCGUCAACAACUCUUACUGUGCUCAAUCAUGUAUAA